CAUUUCUGAGCCCGCCUUCUUCAUCAUCUUCAUCGGAGCUUCUUCUGUCCCCUCUCAAAAUGUUUGGAUGAAAUCAAUAUCAACUAUCAAGCUAUGGAUAAAAGCUUAUGGGGGGAAAUCUUAUCCUGUCCAUAUUCUUAUCUUGCGUGGCUGAGGAAGAGAAUCCAUACCAUUUACUUGUUACAUGGUUAUCUUACUUUGACUUGGUGGUUCUCAAAGUGUAAUAAAAAGGCCAAUGCAGCAUCGGGAAUAGCCGUGAAUGAUGAUUGCAAACUGAAGUUUUUGGAGCUCAAAGCAAAAAGAACCUAUCGCUUUAUUGUGUUUAAGAUCGAAGAGAAGCAAAAGCAAGUUGUCGUAGAGAAAGUUGGCGAGCCAACACAAAGUUACGAGGACUUUGCUGCAAGCCUUCCUGCAGACGAAUGUCGUUAUGCUAUCUAUGAUUUUGACUUUGUGACCGAAGAGAACUGUCAAAAGAGCAGAAUCUUCUUUAUUGCUUGGUCCCCUGAUAAUUCAAGAGUCAGAAGCAAAAUGAUUUAUGCCAGCUCCAAAGAUAGAUUCAAGAGAGAACUGGAUGGAUUUCAGGUAGAGCUGCAAGCAACCGAUCCGACUGAGAUGGGGCUUGAUGUCAUUCGAAGCCGAGUUGGCUGAAUGCUACAUUAGCCAAUUCAGGUGAACGGUAUCAAUAUCCCUGCAUAUCUUCAGUUCGAGGUGAACGAGUGUCUUGGUCGUGGUUUUGUGGUAUAUAAUGUGUUUUGAAUUUAUGUUCUAAAUGGUCUUUUGUAUGAGUUCGAGCUAAAUAAGCCUCUUAGUUUUUCAACUAUAUAUACAAUUUCAUCCUUUAGGGAGAUAUUGCAGCAGAAUGCCAUCAGAUUCCAGCUGCUGUUCUACCUAUGCUCCACAGAUUUAUAUACAAGAGGAUUGGAUAUCCGUACUUGAGCAAAUAUUGGUGUAAUUUUCCUUUUAGUGUUCUUCUUUAGAAGCUGAGAAAAGUAUUUAUUUGCUUGGAAGUAAUCGCCCUACUUUUUA